AUGGGCAAAAGGGUAAAGAAGGUAAAGGGAUAUGGAGCAUACUGGUCCGGAGAUAUUAAAAACAAGCACAUUCAAAGGAAGAAUAAACAAUAUGUUAUAGAUCAAAAAUAUUUAACUCAAUAUAAAAAGAUUUCUCACCAAAAUAUCGCAAAUUCUGUUGAUUCAUAUAAUACACUAUGUAAAUCAAUUUCAUUUGAAAAUAAUAAUCUAUAUAAUAAUGAUAAUGUUGAAAUAAUAAAGCCUAUAAUUGAGACGGUAUAUUUGGAGCCAAGCGAUCAGCAAAAUGAUGGAGAAACAAUUCAUAAUAAUGGUGAAAGAACCAAGAAUCUAGAUUCUGAUUCAACACAAAAUAUUAUUACUGAUAUUAAUACUGCUGUCUCUAACCCAGUAAACACAACUAAAUCAGUAAAUGUAAAGAAUUGUGGUAUAUAUAGUAAAAUAAUUGAUAAGAGAAAGAGGUUUGAGAAUAAGCGUUCGGAUGAAUAUAAAAAACAUGUUGAGGAGAUGAAGAUGAGGAAGAAGGAAAGGAGAGAGAAAAAGAAAAUGAGAUAUGAACGACAUAGAUUGCUUGGAACAAAAACCAAAAAGGGACAACCGAUUAUGAAAAACGUAAUCAAACAUCUCAUUAAAUCCUUUUCAAAUGCAUGA